AUGAAGAUACGUUUUCUUUAUCUCCAACUUGUCCUCCUUAGCCUGGUGAUUUGGGGGAAGCAAAUGGAAUUCCUCUUUCAAACGUAUGCACUCACUAACACUUUCAGGCGAGACAAAGUCCAGUGCUACCUUAAUGCAAGACAGGCAAUCCAAGUUUUUAACUUGAUGGGGACAGCCUGCAGGAAUAAAGACAACAUCUCCAAGUUAAUUUUGCAGUUUCAGUUUCAGAGUUGUAAUAGUAACAAGUUAUUAGAAGCAGCACGUCAAGAAGAUUCUGAUGUGGAGAGGAAUGAAAAUGGUAAUUAUAAGAUUUUUAGUAAACUGCAUGACUUGGAGUUCUUGGAGCUUGCCAAGAAGAUAUGGGGUGCUGAAGAUGAUAUGGCUAAUGCUUGUCCAGUUUGUCUUGGAAUAUGCAACUGUAAAUCUAGUUGCACCAUUGAAAGACUUGAAAAAUUUAAACUUGGAAGUGUACCUCCUGCAGGCGUACAAAUAGAAAAUUCUAGAUGCCUUGCAGAUAAGUGCAUGCUCUUUGACAAUUGCAGAACUUCUAUUUUCGAUUAUAACAGAAGUUGCUCAAACUGUUCUUCUGAUCUUUGUCUUGUCUGUUGCUGGGAGAUUUGUGUUGUCCACUUGCAAGGGGGUGGGCCUGAUGUUGUUAUUGAGUAUGUUGAUAGAGGAUUUGAUUAUUUGCAUGGUGUACAAGGGAAACGAAAAUGUGAAUUGCCAACUGAUUUACCUAAAAAGACUGGCUCUGUCGGUUUUAUGGGGCUGAAGUCUGGAUAG